GAGACACGGAGGAGCUGCAGGGUGCAGAAAGAGAAGUUAAGUUUGCAGAAGAAUGGCGAGCAGGCGGAUUACUCAGGAGACUUUUGAUUCUGUGGUGCAAGAAAAUAUAACUGAGUUUCAAAUGGACCCAGAAGAGGCUCUGAGUGAAGCGAUACAACAGUUUGAGUCACAAGGUGUUGACCUCAUCAACAUAGUGAAGGCUGUCCGGAAUGCAACUACAGAAGCCAGUGAUCAGAAGCACAUUGUCCUGCAGGCCCUUGAUGAGCUUCGUAGCGCCCUGGAUCUCAUGGCUGUGGAUGAAAUGGGGGAUCACCUGACUAACUUCAGUGAGCAAUGCAGCCUCGACUUUGCUCACCGUCAUCUGGCAGCCGAAAAAUCGGCCUAUCCCACAGUCCUUUCUUCCUGUAGACAGCUGAUGUCCAAUGCGCCCUAUCUGCUGAAGGGAGUCCAGGCCUUGGGUAAUCUGUUGGAUGGUCAACCGGACCUCCUCGACCAAGAGGGCCAGCAGCUCCUCCUCGAGAUCUUGCGGCAGCACCGGGACCAUGCAGCCCUGAACGCAAUGACCAUUCGCACCAUCCGUCACAGCUGUCUGAAACAUGAGCAGAACCGCCAAGACCUGGUGCAACUUGGGGUCUUGGCAUUGCUGACUGGUGCUAUUGUGAACCAUGGUAAUCAGGCAGAUGUAGUUCGAGAGGCAGGGAGAGCCCUGAGGGUCAUGACCUAUGACGACGAUAUCCGAGUGCCCUUUGGGCGUGCUCACGAUCACGCCAAACUGAUAGUUUUGGAGAACGAUGGACUUCGGAUUAUCAUUGAAGCCGCAAAAGCUUUCACAGACAACCCAUCAGUACUGAGUGAACUGUGCUCCACACUGUCUCGUCUUGCUGUCAGGAAUGAGUUCUGCCAGGACAUUGUGGAUCUAGGAGGUCUCACCUUCAUGAUAGCCCUGUUGGCAGACUGCAUUGAACAUCAGGAAGUGGUGAAGCAGGUACUGGGUGCCUUCCGAGCGAUCGCAGGUAAUGAUGAAGUAAAAGAUGCAAUCAUCAAUGCUGGUGGAACAGACCUAAUUGUGUUAGCCAUGAACCGACACUUGGGAACACCACAGAUCUGUGAACAGGGAUGUGCUGCCUUGGGGAUGUUUGCCUUACGGAAACCGGAAAACUGUCGUGUGAUCAUGGAGGGUGGCGGAGCACUGAUUGCGCUGCAGGCAAUGAAGGCACAUCCAGCUGAGGUGAACGUACAGAAGCAGGCCUGCAUGUUACUCCGUAACCUGGUGGCCCGCAAUCCUGACUUCUCCCAGCUGAUCCUGGAGAUGGGAGCAGAGGUGCUUAUCCUGCAGGCAAAGACCACACACCAAGACUGUGAGGACUUGGCAAAAGCUGCCCUGCGGGAUCUUGGCUGCAAAGUGGAGCUUCAGGAGCUCUGGACAGGGCAGAAAGCUGGGAUUUCCCGUUAGCUGCCACCUUGGGACAAGACUAGGAGAUGGACCUCAAAAGCACACGUCAUGUUUGGUUGCACAUUUCUGGAUUGUUCUAAUAUUUAACCCCUCUGUGAUCAUCGGAGACGUUGUACAAGUGACCAGAGAACCUCUGAGGUGUCUGUUUCAGCUGCAGUGAGUUGAGGAUCUAUGAGAUGCCACCACUCUCACCUCCACUUCAAUGAAUGGGACUUCCCACAAUGCACAUUGGUACAGGGAGCAGGCUGUUGAUUGAUGAUCACUACCAAACUCACCAAGGAUCCUUCCACUAAGAAUGGCCAUCUCUGAAUUUUUUUGCACUUUGACAGGUAAUAGGCUUCUGGAAAUUCCAUUGUUAUGUUACCCAGAGUUAUUUUUCUUGCCAAAAUAUCAGCAGCAGAAUGGAAAGUGUUUCUAGACAAGCGGUUUGAAUAUUGUUCUGUCACAUUAUUCAUAACGUGCCACAAGAGGAUAUUAGAGUGUUUAACACCAAACUUGAUAGAUUUUGUAUCUUGAAGCAGGUUAUGAAUCUGAAAUUAAACAUGCCCCAUCCCAUCCCAUCAGUUAAUAAUUUAAUCACCACCUCAUGACACAAUAUAGGCUGUGUAUUUCCCUUUUUGUCUGUUUCAUCUUUCCCUUUUUGUCUGUUUCAUCUUUUAAAAAAAAACCUGUUUUACAGUGCCAUAGUGCUCACAGGGUCUGUAAAUGAAAUGAAGCAUACAUUACCCCAAACAAUUAAUUUUAGAUGCAGUGAUUUCUUCUGAGUUGAUGACACACAGAAUAUUACAAAAUAUCUAAAAGGACAUUUGUCUGAUCAAUAGGAAUGACACCAUUGUUUCCCACAAUGAGAUCUUUAUUAGCAAUGGAGAGGAGAUUCUCUCCAUCCUUGUUUGAUGAUAGAAUUGAUGCUGAAAAAGAGCCUAUCCAACACUUCUUUACAACCCAACAACUAGAGUUUCCUAUCAUUACCUUUUAAAACAAUAUUUUACACAUUUUAUUUAGUGUACAUGCACAAGCAAACACCUCCCCAUGCACCUAAGGUUCUAACAACUGAGGAAAUCCUUAUGUGUAAUAGAGAUCACAGCUAGAUAGUUGAGAUUUGGUUGUGACUCUGCGUUAGUCAUGUCCUGUGCAAAUCAUGAAAGCAUGUCAGCGGAUCUGGCAAAUCCCCUGUGCUUCUGUUAGACAAUUGGACCCUGGAUUUGAAAUCCACUCAAUAUUAUUGUCUUGCAGUUGGAAGCAAUGUCUGCCUUGAGUGAGGUUGUCCCUCCUGUUCUGUUGCAGUGAGUCAGAGGUUGACUGUAUAAUCCCACUGUACACAUCAGCAAUGUUAUGUGACCCUAAAAUGCAUCACUCUGAAAGCAUUGACAUGAACAUUACUCUUUGAGGUCAUAAACCUAUUGUAUAUUUCCAUAAAUGUAUUUUUUAUCUUGUCAGUCAAGCCCAGAUGUUUUUGAUGUAUUAAAAGUGUUGUGUGCAUGCAA